AAGAACGAGCGGAUCUUGCACCAAAUCGUGCUGUUCGGCUCGUUCGUAAAGUAAGAGUGUAAAACAAACAUUACCAGUUACUAGUUACCGAGCCUCCGAUCGUAAUCAUAUCAAAUUGUAUCAGAAAGUUCAACCGACGUACUACUGGGAGAUCCUUUAGAUCCCCUGCAGGUUUUCUGCAGUGUGUACGUGUUAGACAAGGAAGGCAACGGGUAUUGUGGGAAGACAGAGAAAGAACGGAUUCAAAAUGUUGUUAAAUAUUCACAAUUUGUCACCUUUGGCUGAUAGUGGGCGAUUAGGGACUGUGCUGCUCUUCCUAUUAAUAGAUCUAUUCAUCAAGGGUGCUGAAACUGCCUCACAAGCUGAAAUUGAUCGGCAUCUAGAAAUUGGUAGGGACUUUCUGGCCCGAGGUCAAUUAUCAGAUGCGUUAACACACUACCAUGCAGCAGUUGAAGGCGACCCGGACAAUUAUCUCACGUACUUCAAGCGCGGUACGGUGUACUUCGCGCUUGGGAAAGCCAAGUUCGCGAUAAGCGAUUUUUCACGCGUGCUCGAACUGAAGCCGGACUUUUUGGCAGCCCGAGCUCAACGCGGUUCCGUGUACCUGAGAAUGGGCGAUUACGAGAACGCCGAGAUGGAUCUGAUGGUGGUAUUGCGCAUGGAUCCCCACAACGCGGAAGCUAACAUGCACUUCAGUAGGAUCGGUCCAGCACGUGAUCAGUGGGCAUUGUGUGUAGAUCUAAUGGAACGAGGUGAUUUUAAUACUGCCGUUGCACUGCUGACGCAAUUGCUCGAGGUAUGCCCUUGGUCGGUAACCAUCCGAGAGGCACGGGCUCAGCUUUACCUGCGCCUCGGCGAUCGGAUGGCCGCCGUAAGUGACUUCCGCUCGGUGAAUCGAUUGUCUCAGGACAGUACCGGUGGAUACUAUCAGCUGGCGCGCAUCCUCUACGAUAUUGGUGAUUCCGGAGCAGCACUAAAAGAGAUCCGCGAGUGCCUGAAGUUGGAUCCCGAGCACAAGGAUUGUUUCCCGUUCUACAAGAAAAUCAAGAAAGUCGACAAAGUGUACGUGGAUGCGCAACAAGCACGGGAAGAGCAACGGUACGCGGAUUGCAUUGCCGCGGGAGAGAAACUAGUCAAACUGGAACCCGACGUUCCAAUGAUCGUGUACAAUGGAAAGCAACUACUGUGUAGUUGCCUAGUGAAGGAGGAACAGUUCACAUCCGCCGUCAGCCGAUGUCGGGAAGCUCUCGACAUCUAUCCGGAUCCGGAAGUUAUGUGCGACCGAGCAGAAGCCCUGAUCGGCGCGGAGAUGUACGAUGAGGCCAUUGCGCAGUACCGAGAAGCACUGGAGGUUAACGAUAGUUUGCAACGGGCGAAGGAAGGCAUCGAACACGCGCAACGCGUGCAGAAGCAAGCGGAACGACGAGAUUACUACAAGAUUUUGGGUGUGAAGCGAUCGGCUACGAAGCAGGAAAUUGUUAAAGCGUACCGCAAGUCGGCGCAGCGGUGGCAUCCGGAUAAUUUCCAAGGAGACGAGAAAAAGAUGGCAGAGAAAAAGUUUAUCGACAUUGCGGCAGCGAAGGAAGUGCUAACAGAUCCGGAGAAGCGAAGGCAGUUCGAUGCCGGCCAGGACCCACUCGAUCCUGAGGCAGGACGAAAUGGUUUCGGUGGUGGUAAUCCGUUCCAACACUUCCAUCAUGGGUCUCCGUUCCAGUUUAAGUUCCACUUCACGUAAUGCGGUAGAGCAGAGGUGCUAAAAUCAUUUUAAAUUUUGGCACACCUCAGCCGUCCGAUCGUUCCUUUCCUAACAUUUGUUAUUGUUCCUGGUGCAGUGCAUUGUGGAAAUGAUAGACAAAAACGACACAAAAUUCGUGCUACCCUUACGAAAAGCUCAGGAUAUUUAUGCGUUCUCACUCGGAAUUCCAUUUAUCCAAUUCUUGCGUGGCGAGAUGAAUAAUUCACAAAAAAUCAGCAAGAAGGACGUUUACGGAGCAUCCUCCCAUAGAACAGAGUGCCAGCUUUAAUUUAUUUCUCGUAAGAGGAUUGUUUUCUGUGCAAAUUCUGUGCAGAACUUCUUAGUUACACAAGCUGCUUUCGCGCUUCAGAUGAGACUUGAACACUUAUUGAUAACAAUACUUUACUACCAUACAGGGUCCACGACAGAAGCAAGAUGAUGAGAAUCAUUCGAAAAUGAACGGAAUUAGACCUUUACAGUUUGAGGUCGGGAGGUUUGUAAAGCUACCAAGUUGUUGGCAUGCUUUGCAUAAUCGGCAUGUACAAGGGAAUGUGUCUUCUAGAAUUUGCUGGCUACCAACAAAGAUUGAAGCAACGUGGAUAAUAAUCCUGCAUAUUGGUAUUGUCGAGACUGAAAGGGUUCGAACGCGAAAUAUAAAUAGCUUGUUAACGUUUUUUGUAAAUAUGAGUACUGCUUGGAUCACAAUCUAAUUAUUAAAUGAAAAAUAAAAUAAUAGUGAUAUU